AUGUUCAUUGCUCUUAUUCCAAAUAAACAUGGGGCCAAGGAGAUUAAAGAUUUUCGUCCCAUAAGCCUUGUGAGCAAAGUUUACAAAAUUAUCUCCAAGGUUCUUGCUAAUCGACUUAGCCCAGUGUUGGAACAUAUUAUCUCUAAACCUCAAAAUGCCUUUAUUAGGAGAAGACAAAUCUUGGAUUCGGUGCUUAUUGCCAAUGAGUGCUUGGAUCAUAGGAUGUGGAAAGGCGUCCCAGUUAAUGGCACUUUUGUUGGGUUCUUUAACAGCUCACGUGGAUUGAGGCAAGAGGAUUCCUUGUCUCCUCUCUUGUUUGUAAUUGUUAUAGAGGCACUUGACUGGCUGGUGAAGGCUGCUGUUGGAGGAGUGUCGAGGCUUAAGGUUAACCUUGGUAAAUUUAAGAUGGUUAUAGUGGGUGCGGUGCCUAAUAUUAACAGCUUGGCACGGUUGUUGGAUUGCAAGGUGUCUUCCUUGCCUAUGAAAUAUUUGAAACUCCCACUAGAGGGCACCUUUAAGGUUCGAGCCAUAUGA